AUGACUGUCAGCACACAUAGUCUCCCUGUGGCAGAGACCGAAAUCCCUGCAAACUGGGUGUCGAUCUUAGAACAACCGUUGUUCAAAGCAAGAAAGCUUCGCCUUGUUUGCAUUGGAGCUGGGUUUUCGGGGUUGAUCCUUGCCCACAAGAUCAAACAUGAGUGGAAGAUGGACGAUGUGAUCGACCUUCAAAUCUACGAAAAGAACCCUGAUCUUGGUGGGACUUGGUACGAGAAUCGAUACCCAGGAGCUGCAUGCGAUGUUCCAGCCCAUGUUUAUGUUUUCCCCUUCCAACCCAAUCCAAACUGGUCUUCUUUCUAUGUCGGAAGUGAAGAGAUCUGGAACUACAUGAAAGAUACCGCCGUGAAAUGGGGCUUGGAGAAAUUUGUAUCGUUCAAUUCACGAGUCAAUGAGACCGUAUGGGAUGACGACAAAGGCAAAUGGCAUGUCAAUGUAUCCAAGGCCGAUGAGACUAUUCAGGAUGAGUGUGAUGUCCUGAUCAAUGCGUCUGGCUUUUUGAAUAAAUGGUCUUGGCCCAGCAUUGAAGGCAUGAAUUACUUCAAAGGAAAGCUGAUGCAUACCGCCAAAUGGGACCAAACUUAUGAUUGGUCCAACAAAAAGGUCGCCGUCAUUGGUAAUGGCUCUUCCGCAAUUCAGCUGUUGCCAGAGAUUCAAAAGACCGCCGCUCAGGUCGUCAAUUAUAUUCGCAACCCAACUUGGAUCGCGACGAACUACCUUGAAGAGUUUGCCGAAGAUGGCAAGUUUGUCUACACCGAAGAGAAAAAGAAGCAACUUCAAGAAGAUCCCAAGGCACUGUUUGAAAUGCGCAAGCAGCUUGAGCAUGGAUUCAAUCAAUUCUUCCAUUCAAUGAUCAACGGAACACCAGAACAAAAAGCCAUGGAUCAGCUUUAUCGAAAGAAGAUGGAAGACGCACUCGGUGGAGAUCCCGAGUUGAUCAAGCGCCUUGUUCCUACCUUCAAUGUGGGUUGCCGUCGUCUGACCCCCGGCGAUGGCUAUCUCAAUGCACUGCAUGAGGAUAAUGUUCGAACAAACUUGACACCGAUCUCACGAAUCACUGAGAGGGGAAUCUUGACAACCGAAGGCGAAGAGGAAUAUGAUCUCAUUGUCUGCGCAACCGGUUUCGAUGUCAGCUUCCGCCCAUCAUGGAACCUCGUGGGACGUAACGGUGUGCGAUUGGAAAAAGAGUGGAAAGAUGAGCCUGAGGCUUACUUUGGCAUGUGUGCUGUUGACAACCCUAACUAUUUCAUUUACGCUGGCCCAAAUUCACCAGUCGCACAUGGCGUUUUAAUGGGUUCCAUGGAUGCGAUGACAGAGUACAUUCUGAAAUGGUGCAAGAAGAUUGCAGCAGAAGACAUCAAAUCCAUCUCAGUCAAAGCAAAGGUCGUCAAUGACUUGAGUGUUUGGUCUCAAGAGCUACUAAGGCGAACUGUGUGGGCAGGUGAAUGCAGAAGCUGGUAUAAGAACAAUAGCACCAAGGGGAAGAUUACUGCUCUGCAUGCAGGCAGUGUUAUUCAUUACAGAGAAAUGCUUCAUGAUAUCCGAGGAGAGGACUUUGAUAUUGAUUAUCGUUCUCGCAAUGAGUUCCGCUUCCUUGGAAACGGAUUGACCCAGAGGGAAACUACCGGAGGGGACCUUUCAUACUAUCUCAAGCCAUAG